AUGGAAGACACUUCAGUUGCAUUUGACUUCACAAAUAAUUAUGAAACAGAUUACAGCCCCUGGAAUGGAUAUAUAGAAUAUGAUCUGAAUUUAUACAUUUUAGUAGUCACUUCAUAUAUUUUUUUCUUUGUAACCUUCAUCCUGGGAACUAUCGGGAAUGGAUUGGUCAUCUGGAUUACUGGAUUCAAGAUGAAGAAGACAGUUACUACUAUAUGGUUCCUUAACCUGGCUGUAGCUGACUUUGCUUUGAGUGUCUCCAUACCUCUGCAAAUGUUCAUGGUUAAUGUCAUAGUAAAGGUUCUCUUUAAUCUAAUAAUAUGCAAGGCCAUAACGACUUUACUGUUGCUCAAUAUGUCUGUCAGCACCUCUUUCCUAAUGAUUAUCAGUAUUGACCGAUGCACAUCAGUCAUGUGUCCUGUGUGGUCACAAAACCACAGAACUCUCAAAUUAUCUUCAGUGAUCUCAGCAGUAGUCUGGGCAUUCUGCUUUAUACUCAAUUCCCCAUAUCUUGCUUUCAUGGACUUUGUUCAUGACCGAAUUGGCAAUAUCUCAGACUGCGUUGCCAUAUAUGGUGAAGACUAUUAUACAUCACAUAUGAGGAUUACAGCUAUGUACAUUACCAGAUUUGUGUUCAUGUUCAUAAUCCCAUUUUCUAUAAUAAUAAUUUGUUACAGCCUUGUCACAUUUAGACUGAGAAGAAGUAGAAGUGUUUCUGGGUCACGUCGACCUUUUAAAGUCAUUAUUACCAUUGUCAUUUGUUUUUUUUGCUUUUGGUUCCCAUACCAUUUAUUGUCCUUGUUAGAGAUCAUGAAUGCUGAAAUCAGUGAAAAUGUAUGGUUUACCAUGAAUAUCAUUACUUAUUUCUUAUGUUUCUUUAACAGCUGUGUCAAUCCUAUAAUUUAUGUAUUUGUCGGAAGGGACUUCAAAAAGAUUUUAUUUAAGUCCAUCCCAUUUCUUCUAGAGAGCACAUUCAGAGAGAGGUAUUAAGUGAAUACAGAGCAUUGAUAUGAUCAGAUUUUAGUGGUAUCUGAAAUGGAAACCAAACAUUAUUUAGGGGCAGAUGUACUAAUCCUUGAAAAGAGAUAACGUUGAGAGUGAUAAGCUGCCAACCAAUCCGCUCCUGUCAUUUUUUAAACACAGCCUGUAACAUGAUAGUUAGGAGCUGAUUGGCUGAUAUGUUAUCACUUUCCACUUUCUCACUUUUCAAGUCUUAGUGCUUCUGCCCUAAAUUUGCGAGAACAUAAAUCAUCCUCUUCAUUCUGUUAAUGACUAAAAACUCUUGGAUCUUUCAAGUGUACUUAUUUUCUUUUUAAAUGUAAUUAUUUUAAAUGACAGCACAAGUUUUGCUACAAAACAAGGUUCCAAAAGGGUUUUCUCUUAGAUAUACAUUUAUACUGGUUUGGUGGAAGCCAAUCCACUAUGGAACCAUUCUUUCAAUGUAUUUCUCAUGAACUCUACACUUUAAAUACAAUGUUUGGUAAAGUAGGGUAAUAAUUAAAUUUAACAUGAAAUAAAUCAUUCCUUCAAUAAAAAACAUAAGAAAAACAAAGUAAGAGUGUACACAACAGUUAUUCAUUACAUUAUAGUAGACUGUUAUAACAUUUAAAUAAUCAAGCAACGAAGUUGAUGUGAUUCAAAAUAUUCUUAUACUGUCUAGUAGAUUGUGCGCUGUGUUAUAUAAUUUCCAACAAUUUUUCUAAAGGAAAUUUGUUGGUGUAAUUAUAUAUUACUUUACUUUACUUUAUUGCCAAAUAAGUAAGUUGUUAUGCUUUUUACAGAAAUCUAGAUAUUAUUGUAGGAAUUAUGGAUGAUAG